ACUACCUACCUGACUAAACUUCAUGUGUCAAUUCCAAUGUCAACUAAUGUAAAAAAUGACCGCAAUAAUAAGUAUAUGUACUUUACACAUUUACUUUUAUUAACUUUUUGAAGACCUAACCUCGCUUUUUUAUUUCUUAAUAUAACAUUUGUAAUAGUGUAUCUUGUAAAUAUUAAUAAUUUAACUGCAUUGUAGUUUCUAGUAUAAACUUUAGUGUACCAAGUUAUUUUUGUAUAAUUUAACCACUGGUGCCACCAAAAAUGAAUACAGUGUUUGGUGUGUAUAGAAGAUAUUCUCAUUCUUGGAUUAAGCCAAUAGGACAGGACACCGGUAUACAAAUCUACAACUGCAUUGCCAAAAAAAAGGUUCCAUUUAUUACUAGAAAUAAGGAAUUCUUAACCUGGUACACAUGUGGUCCUACAGUUUAUGAUUCCUCACAUAUUGGACAUGCCAGCUGCUAUGUUAAACUAGACAUAAUCCAAAGAAUAUUGAGACGGUAUUAUAAUUUAAAUCUUAUAACAGUAAUGAAUGUCACGGAUAUUGAUGAUAAAAUUAUAAGAAGAAGCAAAGAGCUUAAACAAUCUCCAACAGAAGUUUCCAGGAAGUAUGAAAAGGAAUUUCUGAAUGACCUAAAAAUUCUAGGAAUACAAAUGCCAGAUAUUAUGGUCAGGGUAACUGAUAAAAUUGAUUUAAUAGUUAGAUUUAUUGAGAAACUAUUAAAUGAUGGCUAUGCCUAUAGAUCAAAUGAUGGUUCAGUAUAUUUUGAUACAUCAAAACUGAACUGUUAUGGAAAACUACAAAAUAUUAGCAAAGACUCUCAUGAAGAAAGUUUUAAGAAAUCAAGUGCAGAUUUUGCACUUUGGAAAAGUGCAAAACCAGGUGAACCAUAUUGGGAAACAAAAUGGGGCCCUGGACGACCUGGCUGGCAUAUUGAAUGCUCUGCUCUUGCAAGCUUCUUUUUAGGCGAUGAAUUGGAUGUUCAUGCUGGAGGAAUUGAUUUACAAUUUCCCCAUCAUGAAAAUGAGGAGGCUCAAUCUUGUGCUUAUUUUACAAAGCAACAGUGGGUCAACUAUUGGAUUCAUACAGGACAUCUUCACUAUGGAGACGCCCAAAAAAUGUCAAAAUCUUUAAAAAAUACAAUAACAAUUACUGAAAUGCUGGAGAUUUGCAGCUCUAAUGACUUUAGAAUGGCAUGUCUCAUGUCUCAUUACUCAAAAAACAUGGAAUUCAGUACCGAAUUGAUUAAAACAGCCAAAGGAGUAAUAGACCACUAUAAAAAUUUUCUAUCUCAUUGUUCAGCAUACACAGAUUGUACCCUUAAUGUGAAAUUAAACCAAAAUGUUUUGAAAGAGAAUUUAGCAAAUGUAGAAAAGGAAAUUGGCUGUGCUUUAUCAGAUGAUUUUGAUACAGCUAGAGCACUGAAAAGCCUUCAUAAUCUAACUAGUAAUGUUAAUAAAAUGCUAACUAAUUCUCCUCCAAUCCCUGAAGAUGCUAUGAACAGCAAUGUAGAAAUCUUAGCCUGUGCUAAUUAUGUAUCGAAUAUUUUAUCCACAUUUGGAAUUAAUUUAAAUCCAAAAUCCCAUACAACUAAACAAGAAAAUAAUUUUGAAGACUUAUUGGAAACUUUAAUCAAUUUCCGGCAAAGUGUAAGAAGUACGGCCUUAGAACAAAAAGACAUUGCAUAUUUAAAAUUUUGUGAUGAAGUUAGAAAUAAUUUAGCACAGCUUGGCAUUGUCUUAAAAGAUUAUGGAAAGAAGACAUCUGUAUCGAAAAGAAUUAAAGAAAAUAGAGAAACUAAAAGGGGCUAUGUUGUUGUUGUAAUGAAAAUAUUAAGAGAUUACAAAUGCAGUUCGUUCCCAAUUAUUUAUGAGGAAGUAAGGGAUCAUGAAAAAUAUCCGGAGUACCUGAUAACAUUAGAAAUGGAUGGAAGUAAUGUAACUGGUAUUGAUGAUACAAUAGAUGUAGAAAAUUACUUUUCCGGCUCUACUAAUAAUUUGGGUUCAAGUCUUUGCAUCUCUAAAUAUUUAGAAGACUUUUACGAGUUAUUUGAUGUUUUCACGGACACCAAAGGUGAAUUACUUUUAAAUUCUUUCAAAUACCCAAUUCAACAUUAUCUUUUUCAUGUGACUUCAGAUUGUAAAUGUUCAAAAUGUAUAUUAUCGUGUUUUCCUAAUCAUGAUCCUAAAAUGCCUUUACCUUUUAUAUGUACAGAAAACAGUUUGAAAUUUUGGAAUAUUAUAUUAAAUUAUUGACAUACAAAUAAUAUUUUUU